GGUUGUGGGCUGAGAAAGUUAGAGGUUGCUCUUUUUCUUCACUGAUGAGUACCGAUUUACACACGGCUUGUGAUUUUUCUCUAUUAAAUGAGGAUAUGGUGAAAACAGACGACAGAGUGGCGGACGGCUGGAGAGAAGUGUUUGAGAGAAGCCGGAUGAUUCCGCCACCCGGUCAGACAGCCCGCCUGGCAGCGGAGCGACACUUGACGGAGUCCAGCGGGUUCCGGCUCCGCCUCGGCCGGCUGGCUGCAGCACAUCUCCCGCAGGAUACGUCAGUGGGGGGAAAAGAUGUGAACUACCAGCUGCGAGUAACACUGUUUGACAAGAGUCACCAGCACUUCUUUGGGACAACAUGGAAAAGCUCACCUCAGAAGAUGAAAAACAACAAGAUCUUAUUUGAUGAGGUCCUGUACUUCCAUACAUCGCUAAGGUUACCGAGCACAGUGGUGAUUUUGGAGUUGGUGGCAUUGUCAAACCUGCCAGAUGGCUCCCAGCAGGCCCUGGGACGAGGCUUCACUGUCCUGGAUCUUUUUACCAACAGGCCAGACAUUCAGGCUGCCGAUGAAGACAGAAGAUUAAAACUACACCAUGGAACACCAAGAAGCCUGCUCCACCCCCUUCUGAGAGAUAGGGAUCAAUACCAUACUUUACUGAAGAUAAUCGAUGGAACACAUUUGGAGUGUUUGGUAAAAAAACACCCUGCUAUGGUUUCCCUGAUGCACCUCCUUCCAGAGAAUGUCUUUGUGUCUGGAGAUCAGAAUAUUCCUGGGCUCGCUGUUUGUCCAUCAGGAGAUUCUCUGCUGAGGCCUCGGCUGCUUCAGAUGCUGCCCCUCACCCUGAACAGACUGACCGUGUGGCUCCAGCCGUCCCUCGACAGCUUUGAGCGCCAGUUGCUGCAACUGAUCAACGCUGACUGUCUGAACACGAAGCAGUCAGGACCAGAAGGUACAUUGAGGACAGUUGUCAUCCAAGAAAGGAGGCUCCAUGUUGGCGUCCAUAAUGGAUGGUGUUUUCUUGAGAAACCCCAAGUGGUGGUGCUGGAGCCACUUGCCCCAAGAGCCAGAGAUGGGGCAAGUGGGACCUCCAAAUCUAAGGACAGCUCUGCACUAUCACCCGUCCCUCAAAUGCUGGGUCUUCGCAGCAACCUGGAGCUCAAACUGAUUAACCAUCGAGCUUUAGCAGUUGUCUUCCAGCUGGAGUACGUCUUCUCUGCUCCAAUUGGCCGAGAUACCAUGCUGUCUGCUACCUCGACAUCCAGAGCUGCCUUCCUACAGUGCCUCCGGUGGGGAAUUUGGUGCCCAUUCCACAAGUUAGCUGAGUGGAAAGGGGAAGAGAUACGGCUUGUUUUGCAUGGAGGCACAAAGCCAAACCCUCAUGGAGUCAUGGUCUACAGCACAGAAAUGUCUGCCAAAACUCAAAGCCCUGUGCCGCACUCGACUCUGAGCACAGCCCAGGUCUCGGAGGCAAAGGAUAUGCUAUCGUUCCGUUUUUGGACCGUUCUGGAAAGGAAAGCAUCCAGCCUAAAGGCAUCUUUGAAGACAAAGCAGGAGGAUGUGUCAUGCCGGAGAUCAUUUUCAUCACCCUCACAGAGUCAAAAGCACAUUCCAUUGCCUUCUCCUGAGUCACCUCAAGGCCCUGGGCUCUCACUGUCUCAGCUGACAGCUACUUCACGCUACCCAACCAUCAGCCAAUCCAGCUCUCUGUCACCAUGGCAACAGCCAGUUCCUUCUCUGCUUCAUCCUUCCCCAUUGGCAUCGGCCCACCAGCUGUCACAUGUCGCCUUCUCAUCUGCCAGCAGCAUCACCCACACUGAGCCGGACCUUCAGUCAGAUGGGAAAAUGUCAUCUUCACUUCAGGAUGAAGGAGACCGACUCCGUGAUCUUCCCUUCACCCCUGUCCAUGCACCUGUCAUAACUCUGGGGACGAGUGUACCCAGCUCUGUAAGCUCCAGGAGCUCUAUGGCCUACCUGUAUUCUGCUGACUUCCCUGACAUUGUGGACUCCACUGGGAAAGUAGCUGAAGUUCUUGACUCUACAGAACCUGUGCUUUUUGACCCCCAGCGGGAAGAGACGGACCCUCUGCAGGGGAAUUUGCUUGUGUUCCAGUUUUUGGCCUUUUCUAGAAUACCAACUGUUGGGGUUGUUCCCGAUUGGCCUGACAACAUCUACUUCACCUUCCAGUUUUAUCGCUUCCCUCCUGUCACAUCACAGCAUCUCAAACUACUGACCAAUGAGAAAGAUCAACAGAAAGUUCGUUAUCCACUUCCCUGUUUUCUGACCUCCAUUGACAGAAGCGGUAAUGUCAAUGCGGGCCCCCUGGGGCUGCAGAUGCAGUUCAGGGUUGAUUCAUCUUUCCUGAAGCCAGGAGAGAAGCGCUGGUUCCUGCAAUACCUGGCGCUUCACACCAUGCAUAUUGAUAUCUGGGACAGCGACUCAUUGCUCCUCAUCGGCUCUACAGCCAUCCAACUCAAGUACAUGUUGCGACAGGGUAAAUCAGCAGUGCAGGCGCUUCAUGAGGUGGAGGUGUUGACAACUGAUUAUGCAGGAGAAGACACAGUGCUGAUGAGGACCAUUCAUGACCCGUCCUCAGCGGCCACGCCCACGACAGUGCACACCGUUCUCAGGGGUCGAAUGCACAUACGCACAGGCAACACAGGAUUCACAGCAGAUCCCAGCCAGAAGACAGCAGGUGACGUGACGGUGUCCCAUUCUUACAUCAUUACACCCCGUGAGGUCACGUGUACUUUCAGAGGAGGGAGCCUGCCCUCCAGGAACAUCCUUCAUCAAAAUGGUACGCACUCAAGGAACACAGCACAAGCACAGAGGCGGGAGAUGGAUGUGAAUCGCUUAGUGUCGUCCAGAAGCCAGAUUAAACCUGACACCAGCACUCCUGAUGAUCCCAACUCAGAUGACCCUGAUGAUGGUUGCCGCAAACUCAGCAUCAUGGCUGCUGUGCAUCAGCAGGAGAGCAAGGAAGAUCCAACUGCAGCAAAGGUCACGGGAUUGGAUAAGGAUGCUCAGCGGAUCAGAGAGCCUCUUUGGAUCAAAUGCAAUGAGGAGCGCAGCAAGGCAGACGGUAUUGCUAAUAUGCUGAGCCAAGCCAUUACUACACAACACAUUCUUUACGCCAGCCUGGGCUCUGCUGAGUACAUGGAGUUUGUCCUUAAAAACCCCUUCAGCGUUCCUCAGACGGUCACGAUCUGCAGUGACGACCCUGAGCUCAGUGUCAUCACUAACACUGAUGAGUGGCGCUACUUCAAAGGACUAACUAAAACACCUACCCUGCUGGAAGACAACAUGUUCCACUUAGAGGACGGAGCCGCAGGUCCCAGAGUUUACCUUCGGCCUAAGGAGAGCAUCCAUGUUCCCUUGAAAUACCAGACCUUCCUCUGUGACCACACCGUGGUUUCUCAGGGACAAAGCUUCCUUCCUGCAGGCAGAAGUUGUCAUGUGGCUAAGAAGAAUCCCUCCAAUCUUAUUGUUGCCAAAUCUGUGAAGGUUACCUUCAAAACAGAUGAUGGCAAGCCGUUAGCCAUCUGCCAGGUGAACGUGGAACCAACACCUCAUGUUGUUGACCAGACUUUUCGACUUUACCACCCGGAGCUCUGUUUUCUCAAAAAGGCCAUCCGGCUGUCACCCUGGCACGACCCCGCAAGUAACAAAGUUGGCGUUCUGACCAGCACGGCUCCCAUUUCUGUUCGCUGCAGUGACCAAAACGUCAUCUGCCACACAGAGAGGCUGGUGCCAGGGGAGCCUCAGGAUGUGUAUUUGAAGGUUCCAGGGAUCCCCAGUCCACACAUAAAAAUAUUCUUUGUCAUGCUUUUCACUGAUCAGUGGAUGGCGGCGCCCUCACAGAUUUGGCAGAUUUACGUGCAUUUCUUGGAGCGGGUGGACGUGAGCUGUGUGACUGGCCAGCGGGGCUGUCAGUCACUGCUGCUGAGGGGGAAGCAGGCCAUUCGCAAGGUCAAAUGUUUCUCGUCGCAUCCUCAGGAGAUUGAGCUGGACCCAGGGGGUGUGUUUGUUCUACCUCCGGCAGCCGUACAAGAGCUCCAGCUGAAGGUGCAGCCAUGGCGUGCAGGCAGCCGCUUCCUGUAUGUUAAUGCGGUGGAUGUGGAUCAGCGGCGACUCGUCACUGCCUGGCUGCUCUGUCUCACUGUUCACCGUCCUGUGAUAUCCAAAGCAUUUGAGGUGUGUGUUCCAGUUGGUGGAAGCCGUGGCAGCUCCAGGAAAAUCACCUACACAAACCCGUACACUAGUAGCCGCACAUUCCUGCUCAGAUCUGACCAUCCAGACCUGCUGCGGUUCAAGGAGGAUAAAGUCCAGAUCGGCGGAGGCGAGACUUACACCAUUGGACUGCGAUUUGCCCCCAGUCAGAGCACCGGCUCCGUGGAGAUGCUGGUGUACAUGAAUGACCUGGACGAGAAGACAGAGGAGACAUACUGUGUGAAAGUCAACUACUCGUGAAUGUAGCGAGUACAAACUCCAAUCUGCAACUGAAUCCACGGAAUGUGUCAAAACAACAUAUUGAGCACAGAUGAGCUGGGAUUUUUCAACUUUGUAAUUUGUUCUCUAUUACACUGUUUUUGUAUUCUGCAGAAUAUUCUGUUGUGUAUGAGACGUGCAAAUGAGCAUUUUCCACUGUCCUAGAUGAGCUUUAACUGAAAGGAGGUCAAGUCUUAAGAAUCAAAUAUUGCAUGCAAAACAAUCAGGCAAAGCUGCUUCCUGUAAAAUGCUUUGUGCCAAACAUGAUUUAAAUUAUACACUAAAGCAAAGCAGAAACCAGACAUAAAAGUGAUUUUUACAUAAAAGCUCAACACAGUGUUUUAUUUUGCAAAUAUAAACAAAAGUGAUUGACAAA